CAUUUUUUACACCUAUAUAUUUUUAUAGAAUACAUUAUAUUUAUUGAAAUGGGUGGAAACCAAUCAGCGUUUGAUGAAGAAGAACUGCAAGAAUACCAGGAGUUAACAUACUUUACACAAAAAGAGAUCUUACAUUGUCAUAAGAGAUUUGCACAACUUGAUCCCAAUGCUGUAACUAGGGAUAAAAAUGCCAAGCUGCCCCAAAGAGUUCUCUUGCAGUUACCUGAGCUGCAAGUGAAUCCUUUUCGAGAUCGUAUAUGCAAGGUGUUUUCUUCAAGUCGUGACGGUGAUAUGACUUUUGAGGAUUUCCUAGAUAUGAUGUCUGUUUUUUCAGAAAAUGCUCCCAAAAGUGUUAAAGUUGAAUAUGCCUUCCGUAUAUAUGACUUCAAUGAAGAUGAUUAUAUUUGUGACAGCGAUUUAAAAAGGGUGAUUAACAGAUUAUGUGGUGAUCAAAAGCUUUCGGCAGAAAAUACAAAAUCGAUUAUCAAGAAGAUCAUGAUGGAAGCAGAUUUGGAUGAUGACAAUAGACUUUCAUUCGCAGAGUUUGAGCAUGUCAUAUCAAAAGCCCCAGACUUUGUCAAUUCGUUUAGAAUACGCAUUUAAGUUUAUAUACUUGGCAUGUGAAAGCUGGGAAGGGGGUGGUUUUUAUAAUGCAAUUAUAAGUCGAUUUUUUGUUUAAGUGUUUGCACAGUUAUCUGCACCUUAGGUUGACUCUAUUAUUUCUCUGGCAAAAAUUUUCUAAAAAAUCUAUUUUUUCAGGUUUUCCAAGAAUUGUUUUAUUUGAGGUACAAAAUUUCUGUUGAAUCCUUUUUUUUGUUUUAAUAAAUUACAGUUGCUUCUUUUUAUGUAUUCUUUAAAAACCUUAGUCCUUGAAAUUUUAGAUUUAUAAAAAAAUGUGCUUUGAAGUAAUGAAAAAAAUUGCUUUGAUAUCCUCUAGAAUUCUUUAUUUUUAAAGAGCAAUUCGUGUUGCAAAUUUUAGCAUCUGUCGGCUUUAAAAAAAACAUACUUUUUACGUCAAAUUUGGCCUUAAGGUUAUUCUAAAAGCGUUACAACAAAAUCAACAUGUACACCUAGCUGUUUUGGGGAAGGCUAAUAAAGUGUAAUCAUCUUUGACUACUUGAUUUUAUUGUACAGUGCGUUUGUGCCUUACCUAUCAAUAAAGAUCUCUAUUUUUUUAUUAUAUUUAAAUCUACGGUGUUAUUGCAUCACCAACACCAAUUUUUGUAAAUUGCCCAUACUAAAUUUUUUUGGUCACAAAAAUUAAUCCGUUUCUUGCAUAAAUUAAAAACAGUAAACAGAGUUUCUGACACUGUGUCACAGAUAAUCAUCUUUCCUUGGUUUUUGUUAUACUAAAAAUUUUAGAAAUUUAUAUAACAAUUGUAAUAUUCCUCAAUAUAUAUAUUUGUUGUUACUGCCAAAUUAAUACUUAUUUUGGGCGUUGCAGAAGAAAAUAUUGUUUUGUGUUUUUUGGUAUUAAUUCAUUUGUUUAUAUUUGUUAGUGCGAUAGAAUAUAUUUAUAAUUUGUAUCUGUAAAGUGUUUAAUAUUAAAUAUGUUAGUUUUUAAAAUUGUUAAAUGUCCACUGG